AUGGCUACCCAGUACACUCAAGUAUUUACAAGAACCUAUAUCACCAACCUACCUACGCAGGCAAUGGAGUUUCCUGAUUUUCCCUUCCCUUCUGAUCUAAGAGGAAAAUUUAUUCCCUGGCAAAAGGUGAAAGACUACCUCUUUGCCUAUGCUGACCACUUCGACCUUCGCAAACACGUCCACCUGAACACAGAUGUGGCGUCUGUAAAACGCAUCACCACAAAGCCUGUCUCAUCAGGAGAUGCCCACCAAUCUCCCAACAGACCACAGUGGUUGGUGCGCACGACUGCCCUUCAGGGAGGAGGCAGCAAUGAGAAGGUGUUUGAUGCUGUAUUAGUCUGCUCUGGACACCUGAGUGUCCCUCACUAUCCAGACAUUCCUGGUCAGGAGAGCUUCAGCGGGGUACAGCUGCACAGCCACGAUUACCGCCAUCCAGAACUCUAUACAGGCAAACGAGUGCUCUUGCUUGGAGGGUUUCAAUCUGCAUAUGACAUCAUGAUAGAUCUCUACUCUCACACUUCCGAGCUGAUCAUAUCACUGUACGAGCUAGACGUUCUAGGCCUGGGUGAGCAGUACAAGAAAGGGCUGCUACCACACAAUGUGAGAACAACGACAUUCCCGCAGGCGAUCAACGGUAGCGUGGUGACGUUCACCGACGGUGAGACGUUCCAACCAGACGUGAUUAUUUUCUGCACCGGCUACAAGUAUUCGUUCCCAUUCCUCGACGCCUCGUGCGAUGUCACUGUUAGCGAGGGUAAACGCAUACAACCGUUAUUCAAGCACAUGAUCCACAGCAGGUACCACACGCUCAUGUUUAUCGACAUGGUUUAUUUGCCUCUCGAUUUCUCACUCGCGUACCUCCAGGUUCCAUUCGCUCUUAAAAUUCUUGAUGGGUCACUGGCGCUCCCUAGCGAGCAGGAAAUGAACAAGGAGAUAGAAGCUGACUACCACGAUCGGUUAGCUAGCGGACAGAAACCCCGCCACGCACACACUUACAUAUUUCCUCCCCGUUGGCUUCCGAGUUCAUAUUGCGAUGAUGUUGUUAGUUUCGCAGGCAUUGAGAACAACAUGGAAUUAAAAUGUCAAUGUAUCAACGCUGCCUUUGUUGAAGUGUGUAAAAAUGUGAUGACGUUCAGGGAGUAUGACUACCUCGAUCCUAAACCCGCUCAGUAAGGAUGUGCGUACGACGAGUUGUAAAACAUUUUGCAAUUUGUAGUUCAUACAAAGCAUCUUUUGCACAUUGGCCUAUUUAUAUUUGCUGUUGUACUAACACACACAUGAAGUUAUAACGAGUUAAAUGUUAUAAAAACACCACGAAAUCAUUAUAUUGAGGAACAUAUCUCAUUGAGAAAUAGAAAUAAACAUUUAGUUAUUGUUAUUUAUCUAGUUUUUGUUAUCUCGCCAAUGAAUCUUUUCUGUGCAAGCGGCUUGCUCUUUUGCUGCACACUGUGACCAUUGCAUUAACUCUUUAACGUAAGAGCUAAUAUAGUAAUUGGUAUUGAAAUGUAGUAGACGCGAACUUGAAGGCAGGGGCUCGGCUGCCGACCCAAUGAGAUCCGGUCACACUGCUUUUUUACAGUGCAUUUGAUUAAUAUCGCACAAAUAUCAGUGAAGCUUCAUAGCGUUUUUUUAUCGAGAGUUAAACGUGAUAAUCGAUUAUGAUCCCUGAUAUCGAUAAGGUUACUGAUUGCUAGGGUUGUUAUUACACAUUCCUGUCUUUAUAGAACAAUAACACACUUUAAUCAUUAACAUUGAAAA